UCUUGCUCAAUACCCUCGGUGUCACUCGUUUGGACCACUCACGCUCGUUGCAGGACACGACGGAAGACGGAAGAUGCUCCGGCUGCUGCAGUAACCCCAGACUGGACGGCCAGCAGCGGCGGCAGACGGCGACCAUGGGACGCGCGGACGGCCAGGGUGGUGGUGUUGGCCACGACAGGCCUGGGAGGAUAGCACGAUGCACCGAGAAGGGCACGACAUGGUUCAGAGAGCACGUCGCCGAGCCCGCCGAGUUGUGCUACCAACGAUACAUCAUCGAGCUCCUACUGCGCCAGAAACCACUUCCUCCCUCCAAGGAUGGCCGACAUGUUCCAUUGCGGGCGUUCCAUGAGAAGCCGCUGCUGGAUGAGCGGAGGGGACAUGCCUUUCUAUCGAAUACCAUCCGAUCCAGUCGCUACACCAUCUGGGACUUUGUGCCUAAGCAGUUCUUCUUCCAGGCGACGAGGCUGCACAACUUCUACUUCAUCUGCAUUGGCGUGCCUCAAGCAAUCCCUGGAUUAAGUACCACGGGAAACUACACCACGAUCCUGCCAUUGACCUUCUUCAUACUCAUCACGAUCUUGAAAGAGGGCUACGAUGACUGGUGCAGACACCGCAUGGACAAGGUGGAGAACAACAAGCUUGCUAGGGUUCUGCGUCCGAAAGAGCAUGUGGACAAACAAGAAGAGGCAAGGAGGCCAUUGACGAGGUCAAUCUCCGAGCUGUCUGUGCUGCGAUGGGUUGGCACACGCAAUGCGGGGCCCAUUUUGGAGAAAGAGCAAGAUGAAGACGACGAGCUGACAUGGGAUUGCAAGACUCGAUGGCAUAAUAUCAAGGUUGGCGACAUUCUGAAGCUCAGGCGUGACGAGCCCGUACCUGCAGACGUCAUUCUGUUGUACAGCAAUGGCGAGAAUGGCAUAGCAUUCAUCGAGACCAUGGCACUGGAUGGCGAAACAACAUUGAAGAGCAAGCAAGCUCUGCCGGAUUUGCUAAACAGAUGCGGGAGUGUCACUGAUCUGAGACAUGUUCAAGCGGACCUACGCGUGGAAGACCCAAACAAAGACCUGUACGAUUUCAAUGGCAAGCUUACUAUUGACGGGAAGUCCAUGCCGUUGACCCUGAACGAAGUCGUUUUCCGAGGCAGCGUGCUCCGGAACACUGGCUACAUCUAUGCAUUGGUGAUCAACACUGGCGAGGAGUGCAAGAUCCGCAUGAACUCGAAUCACCACGCGGCCGCGAAGACUCCUCGACUGGAGAGGUAUGCGAACCAGGUAGUCCUCACGCUCAUCUUCUAUGUUGUUGUGCUCUCUAUAGGGUUAUCCUGCGGCUAUCUGCUAUGGCACGACUCUUUUGAGACCGGCGCUUGGUAUCUCAAUGAUGCUGCGCCGGGCUUCCAGCAGAUCAUCAUCGGCUUCCUCAUCAUGUUCAACAACGUCAUUCCCCUCGCUCUGUACGUGAGCUUGGAGAUUGUCAAAGUUGGGCAGAGGCUCAUGGUACAGAGUGAUGUGGAAAUGUUCGACGAGACUUCGAAUACGCCAAUGAGCUGCAACACGAAUACGAUACUUGAAGAUUUGGGCCAGAUCAGUUAUGUUCUAUCUGACAAGACCGGAACACUCACGGACAACAUCAUGAACUUCCGCGCAAUGAGCAUUGGCGGCAUUGUGUGGACACAUGGACUGGACUCGUCGCCUUCAAGCACCGAAAGCAGCAGUUCAAAGAUCUCCACGGACUGCAGCGAGAAGCCUGGCCCGGGACUGGUUGUUGAAACUCGAGAAAUGACAUCGCGCUCAACUUCUGUUGCACACGACCCGCGACCUUCGCAAGCUCUGUCGAGGAGGUCGAUCCGGCAAUACUGGCAAGCACAAAGAACUACCACGGAACUGAUGCAGCUCAUUUCAAAUGAUCCGCACUCGAAUAUGGCACGCAAGGCGAAAGAGUUCAUUCUCGGCAUGGCGCUCUGUCACACUGCCCUACCUGAGGUCAAAGACGACAAAAUUGAGUUCCAGGCCUCAUCACCGGAUGAAGUGGCACUCGUUCGUGCUGCACAAGAGCUCGGCCAUUUGCUUGUGAACCGCUCUUCCCAGCGUAUCGAGCUUCUGGUCGGCACUGGUUCGGAUCAGACAAGGGAAGCGUACGAGAUCUUGGAGGUGAUUGAGUUUACCAGCAAGAGGAAGCGUAUGAGCAUUGUUGUACGAUGUCCUGAUGGCAAGAUCUGGCUCGUCACGAAGGGCGCCGACAGUGCAAUCAUUCCACGAUUGCGUCAAUCAGAGCUGGCGGUGCGCAAAUCGGCUGAAGUUCGUCGCAGUAUGGAUAUUGGCAGGCAACAGCUCCGGAAGAGUAUGCAGCAGGAAGGCCGGAACAGUCUUGGCGGUAGACCAAGUCUUCUGCGCAAUCGAAGCUCAAUGGAUGUUCGUCCAUCAAUGACGAUCGAUCGUGCGAAGUCAACUGAGCUUCGACCGUCCAUGGCUAUAGGAAGAGCAACGCUUGAGGUGCCAAAAAUCAGCUUCGAUCCUGGUAGCCUUCAGGAUGACUUACAAGCUGCGGAACGCACGGAUGAUGCGGCGCUGUUUUCGAAAUGCUUCCAACACAUCGAUGAUUUUGCUACAGAGGGUUUGCGAACUCUCCUCUAUGCUCACAACUAUGUGGAUUCGGACGAGUACCAGACGUGGAGCAAAGUGUACAAGGAGGCAACAACCUCUCUUGUAAGCAGGCAAGAACGUAUCGAGGCUGCCGGCGAGCUUAUUGAACAAGGCAUGGACUUGUUGGGCGCAUCCGCGAUCGAGGAUAAGCUACAGGACGGUGUGCCCGAAACGAUCGAUAGAUUGCAGCGCGCCAACAUUCGCAUCUGGAUGCUGACAGGCGACAAACGCGAGACGGCUAUCAACAUUGCUCACUCGGCCCGUAUCUGUCAGCCUGCUUCGCUGAUCUACAUUUUGGACACCACCAAGGGCGAUCUCCAAAGACAGAUGAGCGAGAUUGUACACGAGACCGACAGUCAUCGAGUGGUCGUUGUGGACGGGCAAACUCUUGCAGUCAUUGACACUGACACGCAGCUCCGUCUCAUCUUCUUUACGACCCUCAUCGCCAACGUCGACUCCGUCAUCGUCUGUCGCGCAUCGCCAUCGCAAAAAGCCGACAUCGUCAAAGGCAUCCGCGCUCGGCUGCCAGGCCUGACGUUGGCGAUAGGAGACGGUGCCAACGACGUCGCAAUGUUGCAAAGUGCGCAUGUUGGUGUUGGUAUCUCAGGCAAGGAAGGUCUGCAAGCUGCACGCGUCGCCGACUUCAGCAUCGCUCAAUUCCGCUUCCUACAGCGUCUCCUUCUCGUCCACGGCCGUUACCAAUACAUCCGCACAGCCAAAUUCAUCCUCCUGACCUUCUGGAAGGAAAUGUUCUUCUACCUGAUGCAAGCAUACUUCUGCGAACACGCUGGGUUUACUGGUACUUCUCUCUACGAGAUGUGGUCAUUGACAGUCCUCAAUACCCUCUUCACCAGCUUGUGCGUUAUCGUGCCAGGCAUUUUCGAGCAGGACCUUCGUCCGGAUACUCUGCUAGCUAUACCGGAGCUAUACGUGCACGGGCAGCGCAACCGCAGCUUGAACCUGAGAAUGUACGUCGCGUGGAUGUUUCACGCGUGUGUGCAAGGUACUAUCGUCUGGUUCGUCUCUUGGGUUUCCUAUGGUCGCUACAAUGUCAUGGGCGAUACUGGUCUCUUUGCACUUGGAGAUUUGUGCUUCAGUCUUGGCAUCGUUUGGACGAAUUGGAAAUGUCUGGUCGUUGAAGCGCAUUAUAAGACUCUCAUCGUUGCGGUAUCUUUCUUCGUCACUGUUGGCGGUUGGUGGGCGUGGAAUGGCUUCAUGUCGGCUGUCUACGGGAACAACAUCAGUCCUUACAACGUCAAAGGCGGAUUCCAGUACGUUUUUGGCCAGGAUCCAAUGUGGUGGCUGACACUUUUGCUGGCAUUUGGAGUGCUAUGUACGAUGGAGUGGGUGUAUGCUGCUGCGAAGAGAAACUUGGUGCUGGCGAGGUGUUGGCCGCCGUGGAAGUUCACGAAAUGGCAUCGCAAUCGAAAUGGAAAUGCGGAAGAUCUGGAAUUAGAGCUUUGGCAGGAGAUGGAGCAGGACCCGGCCAUCCGCGCAAAACUGGAGAGGAUGGCGAGGAACGAGGACGACGAAGAUGAUGAUAUCGUGGAUUUGCAGAUGGUUAUUGAUGAGAGCGAGCAGGGGAGUGAGAAAGCGACGAGGAGGAGAAAGUGGUUAUGGUGGUCGUAA